AGGAGCAAUGGCUGCACGCGUCCUAUUCCUGUUGCUAUCUGUUCUGCUGGUAGUUACGGCGAAGCCGAGUACCAGCAAAUGGGAAAAGAGGACCGCACCUAAAGAGGAAAAUGUUCGCAUCACUGAUGGCCACCCUGCAGGAGUGGGCCAGUUCCCGUACCAGGCCCUCAUCAUUGCUGAUGGGGGAGAUAUAUGGGGCGGGUCGUUGAUCACCACAAGGGCAGUCCUCACUGCCUCCUACUGCACAACCCAGUACCAGACGUGGACCGUCCGCCUGGGAGGCAUCCACAGAAGUCAGGACGAAUCCACCGCCUGGAUCGUGCAAUCCAGUUGGGCCCAGGCGCGCCCACAGUCCACCGAGUUGGUAGCUUCCUAUGCCAGUUAUGACGUGGGUGUUGUAUUCCUGCCCAGCGACGCUCCUUUGAACCGCUACAUCCAGCUCGUGACUUUGCCUUCUUCUCUCGAGGUCGAUAACACUUACGAGGGAGAAACUGGUGUGAUCGCAGGCUGGGGUACCACUGAAGCUCUUAAUUGA